AUGGAGCUGACGUCACCUCAUUCUCGGGCGCCGGACUGUAUCUCCGAUAGCCUGAUCGAGCCGCAACCGGGAACCCUAACCUCCAUUUUCGAGAACUCCGAUCUGCCGGAAUCCCUCGCCAGCUACUUCCAGAUCGGCCUCGACGCCGGCAGAGCCUGUGAGUCCCUUAUCCGGGACCUCAACCAACUUCGGAUCAACCACCGCUGCAUAAACAAGCUACUAAAAUUAACGCGGCGGUCGCCGGAUAGUUGCCGCCGCCGCGCUUCGAUCAUCAACCACCACAAGGCGUGCAGAAAUCUCGCCGCCUUUUCCGUCUGCAGGAACCCCUUUACCGUAGCCACAGGUGGCAUGUUCCUCGAAAUGCACGACGCGCACGUGCUCCUGCUGGGACGGCUGACGUCACUGCACCGGAAAACCAAGCGGAGAACAAUACUCAUCCGCCGCUUCCGUCAUGGGGUGGCGGCAGUUCUGACAAUCGGAGGCGGCGCUCUGGCAGUGGCGCGCGGCGGAGGGACAUGGGUAGAGGGGCUGGACAUUGCCGCCAAAGGAGUGUACAUACUGAUAAACGAUUUCGAGACGGUGAGCCGGCUGGUGGAGUGGGUGGAGGAGGAGGUGGACCGGCGGAAGUUCGCGGCGGAGAUGUGCGUGAGGAGGAAGAUGGAGGAGAUGCUAAAGGGAGUGGUGGGGGAGUUGGGGACAAACAAUGGCAGAUAUGGGGAGGAAUUGGAAGAGUUGGAGAAGCAGACAUAUCUCUGCUUAUUCGACAUAAAUCGAUCCCGACGUUUGGUGCUCCACGAGAUCAUGUUCCAUUAA